AUGGGUAGAACAAAAUCAUUCAAGGAUGAGUUUACAUUCGAACAAAGGGUUGAAGAAUCACAGGACAUCAUGGCCAAAUACCCUGAUCGAGUACCCGUAAUUGUGGAAAAGUAUUCCAGGACCAACCUUCCUCAGAUGGAAAAGAAAAAAUACCUUGUUCCCCGAGACAUGUCUGUCGGGCAAUUCAUUUACGUUCUGAGCAGCAGACUUCAUCUGGCCCAUGGAAAAGCUCUCUUUGUGUUUGUGAAGGAUACUUUGCCUCAAACAGCUAGUUUGAUGGACUCUGUCUAUGAAUCCUUCAAGGACAAGGAUGGAUUUCUCUACAUGUGUUAUAGCACUGAGAAAACUUUUGGGGGCCAUGCCAAUCUUCAGAGAUAUGAACAAUGA